AUGUCCACUUCCGUUUCUUCUUAUAGCGGUUUCUCCCCUAAGAAAGAAGAUAAAGUUCCUGUUUUGGACAGCGUAAAUCACAUUUCACCCGAGCAAUUUUAUAAAGAUUAUGUCUCUAAGCGACUUCCUGUGGUCAUAAAAUCGCCUCUUCCAGAGACAGACUGGAAGGGCUAUCUUUGGAAACAAGAAGAUUAUUUUCUUGAAAAGGUUGGGCAAAGUGUGUGCAAGAUCGAACCUAUAGAUCCUUCUACUGGGACUUUUGGUCAGGGAAUGAGUCGUAAUGAGAUGACCAUUGCAGAGUUUUUAGAGCGACUAAAAGCAGGUGAACGUCUGUAUUUGACAACCCAAUACGACGAGUCAGAUGAUGUUUUGGAUGGUGAUGAUGAAGUUUCUUUACUUGUUAAGUCGUUGUGCCCAGCGCCAACGAACAAUCUAUUAUCCGAUUUCUCUUUGACUCCUGCGUUGAUGGGAAAUCUCGUUCCUCAGCAAUGUAAUAUCUGGAUUGGUAGAAGCGAGGACGGCACUUCUUCUGGUCUUCACCAUGAUUAUCAUGACAACAUUUAUACUGUUGUAAAAGGCCACAAACGAUUUGUGAUUCUUUCGCCUGAUAGUGCGGUUCAUCUUCAGUUGGCUGGCAAAAUAUCCAAAAUUCACCCGAAUGGACUUAUUUCCUACGAAGGUGAAGAUCGUUCUCAACGUAGUGAUGGCUUGACAGAACUAGAUGCUGCUAUAGCGCACACUCAGUUUCUGGAAAAGAAAUUAGCUGAUUCAAAAGAGGUCCAGGCUUCGGAGGACACCAUUCUAAAGCUAGAGGCAGAAUAUGAAGCAGAAAUGGACAAUGUCCUUCAGAUGCAGCUUGGCGGAGAAACAGAUGAUUGGGACGAAUUGCAAGAAGGUGAUGCUGAUAGCUUACUCAAUGAAUCUCCAACUGAGAAGGAGGAUGGCUUAUCUUCCGCAAAUGUCGAAGAUCAAUUGGAUAACGAAGAGGAAGUUUCUCAGCCGAAUAAUGAAAAUCCCUCUCUACCCGAUCAUUUCACAAAAAUUACGGUACCUGGAUUACACAAGUACUUGGACUUUGAAGAUGCUAAGGACGUUACAGUGUCUGAAGACGAAAGAACCUCUCUAUCAAAGACACAUCCUUUAGUUGUAGACUUGGAACCCGGUGAUAUGUUUUAUUUGCCUGCGAGUUGGUUCCACGAAGUUACAUCUUCAAGUCCGGAAGGAGAAAGCAAUAUUCACGUAGCAUUCAACUACUGGUUUCAUCCUCCGGAUAAUUUGCAAAAUUUUGAUCACCCAUACGAGGAUAGCGAUGUAUGGAAGGCAAAACGGUCAAUGGUUUCUAAAGCUAUACAGCGUUUGUAUGCUACCACUGGUACCAGUGAAAAAAGAAAUUUAGAAGGAGAAUCAUCUACAUCACAAAAGCAGACUAAGAAAAGGGUACAAUAG